GACGGCGCUGUCUACAGUUGAUCCUCUCGUUAGCGGACAGCGAAGGUUACCUGCUUCAACAGUGCUUGAACGGCAACCUUUCAACUGUCUUCAAACGCCCCGUUACGGGAAUAAUCACGCUGAUCUCUCCUACUACCGCCGAUAAUAUCAAAUCAGAAAAUUUCUUACCUUAAAACACCGACUAGGUUAAGUUAUCCAACACUUUUAGCUUGCUAGCUAGCUAUAACAAUUUUGCUAACAACGCAAGCAAGUCGGACAGCUUUUCGACCUCCUCACAAGAAGACCCGCCACUGAGAUUUGAACCAUGAGUUCUCAGGUGAGACAGAACUUCCACCAGGACUGCGAGGCUGCAAUCAACAGGCAGAUCAACCUGGAGCUGUAUGCCUCCUACGUCUACUUGUCUAUGGCAUAUUACUUUGACCGGGAUGACCAGGCAUUGCACAACUUUGCCAAGUUCUUCCGUCAUCAGUCGCAUGAGGAGCGGGAACAUGCCGAAAAGCUAAUGAAACUGCAGAACCAGAGGGGGGGAAGGAUCUUCCUACAAGAUAUCAGGAAGCCAGAGAGGGAUGAGUGGGGCAGUGGUGUUGAGGCCCUUGAAUGUGCCCUGCAGCUUGAGAAGAGCGUGAACCAGUCCCUGCUGGACUUGCACAAGCUCUGCUCUGAUCACAAUGACCCACAUAUGUGUGAUUUCAUCGAGACGCACUACCUGGACGAGCAGGUGAAGUCCAUCAAAGAACUGGCAGACUGGGUGACCAACCUGCGCCGCAUGGGAGCUCCUCAGAAUGGCAUGGCCGAGUACCUGUUUGACAAACACACCCUGGGCAAAGAAAGCAGCUAAAUCCGUCCAGAUCAUAUUUCCAAAAGCUUUCUAUAUAUGUAUAUUUGUAUUUUGCUUCCAAAUGUUUUCAAAAUAUGAAGCCAUCUGCAUGAUACUGGCUUGUCAUUUAAAUUUCUUAUAUUACUCAUGUCAUUAUUGCCAUUUCCUCCACAUUAGUUUCCCUGUUCCCACAGCUGUGAGCUAUGGUAUUCAAAGUCCACUCUUGUACCUUGCACCUCUCUCUGCUGUCAAUGCCUAUGCCAUUACUAUGUAUUUGCUGUGUUUUAUGCCAGGACCUGCUAAUCAAUCCAAAUAAAACGAACCCUCUGGAUUCUGA